AUGAAGAUAAAGAAAACUGAAGGUGUGAAUGAUGGUCCCACGACAUCAUCCGCUCGAAUCCGCGAAAAUCAGCGGCGUUCGCGCCAGCGGCGCAAGGAGUACAUUCAGCACCUCGAGCAACGAUUGUCAUCAUUUGAAAGGCUUGGAGUAGAGGCCACACAAGAAGUACAAAAAGCAGGAAGAAAGGUUGCAGUGGAAAAUGGUCUACUCCGGUCCCUGUUGAAUCUCCAUGGCGUCACAGAACCCCAAAUUGAACAAUACUUGCAAUCACAACGAAGGUCAACAAGCUCUCCUCUAUCCCAGAAUCCACCAGUGGUCUCCCAAAUAUCAGCAACGUCCCGUUUGCGGGCGAUACCAAGUGAGGCUCUUCCAGAUUACAAAUCUUCGCCGGCAGCUCCACCUCCUCCAGACAUCAAAGAUCCACCGCCUGAGGUUAAGCCUGUUGGGACUAGAUCUCCACAAAAGGGAGACAUGAUAAUGCAUACGGAUACUUCAAAUGUUCAGGAAUCCAGCGAAGAGCAAGAAUCUGCCACAACUGAAAGUGUCUCCGAACCACAGCAGUUAGAUCGCGUUCAGGAUAAAGGACAAUAUACAUCGUGUGAAGACGCAGCGAAAAUGGUCGCAAGUAUACGAAAUUAUCCAGACUCUCGUGAUGUGCGAUCUGACCUUGGAUGCGCUUCGGAAUCGAAUUGCAUGGUGAAGAACAUGUCGAUUUUCGACGUACUGGACAAGUGA